AUGGCCUCAUCUAGGAACAGUGGCCUGCAACAGGGCUAUCUGGUUCUGCUGGUUCUGGCCCUUACAACCUUAGUUUCUGCUAUAGAAGUUAAUGUUUGCGCCAGUUUCAACACGGCCCAGACGCCAUUGAACGUCAGUAUAUACCAAACCAACGGACUCUGCGGAGGCUUUUGCACAAGGAAAAAUUACGCCUUUUCCAUCACACAGAAAAACUCCUGUUGGUGCUCCAACUAUUAUCCCGACCAAGCCUCGGUCGUCGACACCAAAAAGUGCAAUGUACCUUGCCCAGCCUGGCAACCUGAAGACUGCGGAGGACCUGGCUUGUUUGGGUACAUUCUCCUGAAUGAAGUCGCCCCAUCCGGCACCAGCACGGCACCAGCAAGCUCAACAACAGCACAGAGCACAACGUCAACAACGUCCUCAACAACGUCCAGCUCCACAACUGCUUCCACCACCGAGGCCACUUCCACCUCGGCGUCCUCCUCCUCCACCUCCUCUUCCACAUCAGAGACGUCGACUACUUCUCCGAGUAGCUCAUCCUCUUCGAGCUCCACGUCGUCGUCAUCGUCCUCGUCCUCUGCCAGUACCACGCCCCCGCCCUCCUCGGCAGCAUCAUCUGGUGGGCAGAGCUCCAGCGGCAGCAGCAGCAGUGGUCUUCCCCUGCAGACAGCGGACCCAAGCGGAGACCAAACCGGCACUACUUCCAAAAAAUCCAAGUCGGGUAUUUCAUCUGGUGCCAUUGCUGGUAUCGUAGUUGGCGUUGUGGGUGGUGUGGCGCUCAUCGCCGCUGCCCUCUUCUUCUUCCUCCGGCGGAGAAGGCAGAAUCAGGACGAAUACCGAGACGACCCCAGCGUCCGGGGUAGCUCAUCUGGUAUGGUGGGAUCAGUCCCUCCUGAGAUGAGCGUAAACAACGGUUCUCCAGCUUCGCCGGUCUCUGUGGCCAACAGGAACAGCACAAUCCAGAUUGAUCCUCGAAUGGACCCCUUCAAGCAGGGUCUCUACAUUCGUGGUAGCCACGAGAGUCUCAAUACUCUACGAGAUGAUCAUGACUAUUCACGACGCAUCCAAAGGCCCCCGGUGCUUCGAGCCACGAACCCUGAUCCUGAGGAGGCAUAA